GGGCAGCAGGCCAGAACAAACAACACUUCAUCACAAAGAACACAGCCAAGCUUGACCGCGAGACAGAGGAGCUGCACCAUGACAGAGUUUCCCUGGAGGUGGGCAAAGUGAUCCAGCAGGGACGGCAGAGCAAAGGCCUCACGCAGAAGGACUUGGCCACGAAAAUCAAUGAGAAGCCACAGGUUAUCGCUGACUACGAGUCGGGACGAGCAAUCCCCAACAACCAGGUCAUGGGCAAGAUCGAGAGAGCCAUCGGCCUUAAGCUCCGUGGGAAGGACAUUGGAAAACCGUUGGAAACUGGUCCCAAAGGGAAAUGACAACAAAGCCUCGAAAUCAGUUUUUCCAGACUGAUCUCUCCCUCCUGGUUCUCCUCAACUACCACAAUCUCUGUGUUGCCAAGCUGAACAAGAGGGCUUCAGACUUGCUUUUGGGGGGGAAAUCUGCCCAAUCUGUACCUGCUGUAAAAAGGCAACUUUAAAGAAGCAAUUUUCCUGAUUCUUGUUUUUCCUUCCUCCUUCUCAGAGAUUGAGGAUCUAAUCCCCCAAACCCUAACCCCACCUCUGAUUUGCCAGCAAACCUGUGCUCGUGAUGUUAGCAGCAGCUGAUGUUAAGGCACUUGGGGUGGUCUGAGAUGUGGUUGUUUAAUUGGAACAAUUUGGGGGUGGGUGGAAUAUGUGCUCUAUAAAUAGUUUGGGAGAGUUGGAGCUUGAUCAGAAACGAUGACUCAGUUGCUGCAUCUCAAUGAGUGUGGUCUGUUCUUUCCAGCCUGUUUUAAAGAGAUCUAUAAUAAAGUUUGAUACCCUUCAGUUGCC